CUUCUUCGAUUGUGCCCUUGAACACUUUUGUUGAACAAAGACGACACAGAAUAAGUCUCCAAACAUGACCUAUGACGCUCUCCCGUCGUUUUCUCCAAGGCUUACUGUGGCCAAAAGGAAAGAGGCUUUGGAGUUGAGAAAGACGAUGAAACCACUGAUGGAAAAACGAAGGCGCGCUCGCAUCAAUGACAGCCUGAACCACUUGAAAAACCUCAUCCUUCCUCUCACAGGCAGAGAUAAAACUCGCUACUCUAAGCUGGAGAAAGCUGACAUCUUGGAAAUGACCGUGAAGUUCCUCAGUGGCAUUCCUCCUGUUAACGCAAAAAGUCCAACAGAGAGUUACAGAGAAGGCUACAAAGCUUGUCUCCAGCGCGUAUCCGCUUUGCUUCCCAAAACCGAUCUGGAUCAAGACGCAUGCCAGCGAAUCGAGGACUUCGUGCAGAGGUCUACGUCUGCACACAACGCUCCGACUUGCCUGAACUGCUGCGCCCAGAAUGCACGGGCUUUCCCUCAGCUCCAUCAAAAACUCAUGAACCUUAAAUCCUGCUUCAGCUCCAGGAUGGAAACCCAGUCCCACAGCGGUGCAGCAGCAGCUCCAAGCCGAGCGCAGGCAGUUCCGCCGCAGCUCAGCCCUGCUGUUUGGAGACCCUGGUAGAUCUCUGCAGUUAAAGUCUGUUAAUUCAAAGGCUGUAUUAUACUUCCUUUUCAUAUGUUAUGUUCUAAUUGCUUUACUUGUAAAGAUGUAUCGUUAUUAAGGACUUAUUUUUAAGAUGUUUUGAUUAAGUAUUAUAUACUUGAGUUUUGCGCGCAGGUCUGUUGUCUUGUGUAAUUUGACAAUUUUAGACAGUCGUAUUCUUCUUAAAUCCGCAUGUAUGUGUACGUUUAAUAUUUAGUCCUCUUUUUUGGACUGAAUGAUUAGGGGCUAUUGAAACAGCCCUGUAAGACCCAAAGGGUCAUUAUGUUUACCAAUUUGCGCUGGACUUCACAGUCCUGACAGUGCAGAUGGACUUUGUAGACAUUAAAUGUCUUUGUAAGAGUAUCUCUUUUGGGACGUGCUGUACGUGUGCUGUUUGCAGCAUCUAUUGUAUCUAUGAUGUAAAUAAAUAAAACCUCGAUGUCGUGGUUACGUCUUGA